AUGAAUGAUAUUAAACUUGCGGUUUUGGGAGGCGAAGGAGUCGGGAAAUCAGCUCUCAUCGUUCGAUUCCUGACGAGGCGAUUUAUCGGCGAAUAUGCCUCAUCAUCAGAAUGCAUAUACAGGAAGCGUCUGUCUAUUGAUGGAAGACAGCUGAAUCUAGAACUCUAUGAUCCAUGCUCACAGGCCUGUGAGGGGAAGUCGACUCUGACCGACCAGAUCCACUGGGCUGAUGGCUUCAUAGUGGUCUAUGACAUCAGUGACCGCUCCUCCUUCAUCAAGGCUAAAGCCAUAGUACACCUGAUCAGAGAGUUAAACCUGGGAGUGGCCAAGAGGGAUGCAGACACUCUGGUGUUCCUGGUGGGUAACAAGCAGGACCUGUGUCACGUGAGGGAGGUGCGUCGAGAGGAAGGCCAGCGUCUGGCAGCCGAGUCCCAGACCCAGUUCUACGAGCUCUCAGCCGCAGAACACUACCAGGAAGUGGUCCUCAUGUUCUCGAAGAUGGUCCACAACGCCAGCCUUGGGUGCAAGGCCAAGGAGAGGAGACGGAGACCUAGUGGCUCCAAGUCCAUGGCCAAACUCAUCACUAAUGUCUUCGGGAAGCGGAGGAAAUCAGUGUGA